UUCAACAUCCGUUGCUGCACAUGGCAGGAUACAGCAAAGCGCACUUUCGCUUGUUGGUUGUGCGUUUAUAAUGCUUUCCCUAACUAUUAGAGAGCUUGCCGCGCAUUUUAGGAGCAAAAAAUAUUCACCGUUGGAAGUAUGUUCGGCCUGUCUAAAAGAUAUCAAAGCAACCAGCUAUCUGAACGCCUUUGUAACGGUGUUACCUGAGAAUGCCCAAGAGCAAGCAAAGGAGAGCCACGAACGGUUGGCCAAGAAUGCACCGUUAGGGCCCUUGGAUGGCGUUCCAAUUGCUGUGAAAGACAACUUCUGCAUAUCUGGUGUAAGGACAACAUGUGGAUCGCGAAUGCUCGCCAAUUUUCACCCACCUUACACUGCGACUGUCGUCGAGCGUCUUCGAAAACAAGGCGCGGUCAUCCUUGGCAAGACGAACAUGGACGAGUUUGGAAUGGGCUCCGGUGCCACUGAUUCCACUUUUGGACCGACUAGGAAUCCGUGGAAGUACCUGGGUAAGAACGCGUUGGAUGAGUGGUAUAUUGCUGGGGGCAGUUCGGGCGGCAGUGCCGUCUCUGUGGCGGCGGGUUCUGCUUUUGCUGCUUUGGGCUCUGACACUGGUGGUUCCACGCGCAACCCAGCGUCACGGUGCGGCGUUAUCGGACUGAAACCCACGUAUGGAGCACUUUCUCGGCAUGGACUCAUCCCGCUAACUAACUCCAUGGACGUCCCCGGCAUAUUAACGAAAACAGUCGACGAUGCCGCCUUGUUGUUUAAUGUUAUGGCUGGCGUCGACGAAAACGACUCCACUUGUGUGCAUCUUCCAGAGCACGCGCGGAAUCUAGAGUUGGACGACGAGCCAUCGCUUUCCGGCGUCCGAGUUGGCGUUCCAAGGGAGUACCACUGUCCCGGCAUGGCGCCCGAAGUAGUAGAUACUUGGCGCUACGUGGCCGAUAAAUUGGAUUCUCUAGGCGCCGUUGUAUCCUCGGUGUCUUUACCGCACUCUCAGUAUUCAACAGAGUGUUAUUCGGUGCUCAACUGUUGCGAGGUGGCAUCGAACUUCGCUCGUUACGACGGUCUCGAGUACGGGCACCGCGCCGACAUCGACUCUUCAACGGAAGCCCUGUACGCAUCCUCGAGACACGAAGGAUUUAAUGAAGUCGUUCGAGGCCGAAUACUGGCUGGAAACUUUUUCCUGCUGCGCAGAAACUACGACAAGUACUUUAUGAAAGCUCUGCAAGUGCGUCGCUUGAUAUGCGAUGACUUCAAGAGGGUGUUCGAAUCUGGUGUUCAACUAAUUUUAACGCCAGUAACUCUCACCGAAGCGCCUAAGUAUUCAGGCUGGGCACUUAAGGACAACAGGGAGAGAGUUUCUGUUGAAGACUUUUGCACACAACCAGUCAACAUGGCUGGGCUUCCUGCAGUCAGCCUGCCCUGUUGCCUCUCACAUAAUGGUCUCCCACUGAGCCUGCAGCUCAUUGCUCCCAGGUUUGCAGAACGGGACCUGCUGUCUGCUGCUAAGAGACUGGAGCUAGAGCUUCAGUUUCCCCGGCUCGACUUGCACCUCCACGGAUGCAGCCAGAGUAGGAAUGCUGCAUCUGGAUCAGUUAUAUAAUUCAGUUCCUCUCCUAUGUAAUUAUAUUCAAUGAAUCUUAGAAAAAAGAUUCCAUGAGCAAUCAUGGGCCCACCAAUGAAGUUCCAAUCAUCAAUUCUUGCUUGCUAUUCUCUCCUGUAUCAUACAUUUUUUAAUGUUGUAUGGUGCACAAUAGCCGUUUGCAAAUUGAAUGUAAGGGGAUGUUUCCUCUUUUUGGCAAUUUGUGGAGCUUUACGAAAAGAUUCAAGCACACUCCAGUUACUUUAGAAAAUAUACAUGUGGAUUGGUUCACA